CAAAAGAGGAACUAGUCUAAAAACCCUAAGAAACAGAUGGCGUCUUCUUCUCGCUCAGAGAAACGAUGCCUCUACGAAAUCCUCGAUGUAACCAAAGAAUCAACCCCGGAAGAGAUCCGAUCCUCCUACCGGCGUUUAGCCCUCCAGCGUCAUCCCGACAAGCUAAUCAAAGCCGGGGGAAUCUCGGAAGCAGACGCCACCGCCCAGUUCCAAGAGCUCGUCCACGCCUACGAAGUUCUAUCCGAUCCCAAGGAGCGAGCCUGGUAUGACUCCCACCGAUCUCAAAUCCUAUUCGCCGACGGCGGAGGCGGCGGCUCGAAAUCCCGUGGAAUGCCUGGCGCCACCGUCCCGGAUCUAUUCGCUUUCUUCUCCACCACUGUUUAUUCAGGCUACUCAGACACGGGGAAAGGAUUCUAUAAAGUCUAUUACGAUGUGUUCAACAGUGUUUACUUGAACGAGAUUAAGUUCGCGAGGACGUUGGGGUUGAGUAUUGACUCUGUGAGAGAGGCUCCAAUCAUGGGGAAUCUAGAGAGUCCCUACACUCAGGUGACGGCGUUUUAUAACUACUGGUUAGGGUUCAGCACUGUGUUGGAUUUCUGCUGGGUUGAUGAGUAUGAUACCAUGGCGGGACCUAAUAGGAGGAUGAGGAGGAAGAUGGAGGAGGAGAAUAAGAAGGUGAGGAAGAAGGCGAAGAGGGAGUAUAACGAGACGGUGAGAGGCUUGGCUGCUUUUGUGAAGAAGAGGGAUAAGAGAGUUGUUGAUAUGAUGGUGAAGAAGAGUGCGGAGAUGGAGUUGAAGAAGGAGGAGGAGAGGGAGAGGAAGAAGAAGAUGGAGAAGGAGAGGUUGGAGAAGGCUAUGAAUUAUGAGGAGCCUGAUUGGGCAAAGGCUGAGGAUGAAGAGGAGGUGGAGGAGGAAGAGGUGGGAGGAGAGGGAGAGGAUGGUAAGAAGAAGAAUGAGCAGUUGUAUUGUAUUGUGUGUAGUAAGAAGUUUAAAAGUGAGAAGCAGUGGAAGAACCAUGAACAGUCUAAGAAGCAUAAAGAGAAAGUUGCGGAGUUGAGAGAGACGUUCAGUGAUGUGGAGGAGGAGGAAGAGGUUGAUGAGAUGCAUGAAACUGUAGAGGAGCUCAAAGAGUUAAAUAUGGACAACGAAGAAGAAGAAGUUGAGGAGGGAGUUGUUGAUGAAACUGAUGAUGAGUAUUGUAUGGCAGAGGAAGAUCUGAAAGGAUCUAGUGAAAGUGAGGAUGAAGAGAUGAGUCUACUCAAGGAAAUGGUACAAAAGAAUAAGAGAAAGAACGUUGUGCCAAGAGAAGAAGAAGAUGAAGUUCACGUUGAGAUUGAGAGCGACAGCGAAUUUGAUAGCCAGAAAAGCACAACGGAGAGGAACAGAAAAAAUAAAAAGGAGAGAAGCAAACGGAAUGCUGGAAAAGACACGACGGAUGAUGAUGCCAACAAAACAGAGAUAGCUAUGGACGACGGUAAUAAUUCAGAUGAGAAUGUUAACGCAACGGACUCAGCUGCUGGAGCAGUUGAGGAGUCUCAGAAGGAUGAAGCGGAUCCAAUGGAGUAUGAUAACAGGAAGAGCACAGGGAGAAGGCGAAGAAGUAAGAAGGGUAAGGAUAAAAGCAGUGAAGCUGAUGAUACUCAAAAGGGCGUGGAAGAGUCUCAUUCAGAAACGUUUGAGAAUCAAAGUGAGUAUAUAGAAUUCAAGAAGGCUCCAAGAUCAAAGAAAUCAACCAGAGGAAUGAAAUCCAAGGUAUAAAUCUUUCUUCCCUUGUAGCAUCUGUUUCUUGAAAUCAUAUAUAUAUUUACACAUCAAAACGCAGGGCACAUCGAAGAAAGCCAGUAAUAACGAAUGCGAUAGAUGCGGAGAGGAGUUUGAGUCGAGGACAAAACUAUUCAAGCAUAU